AUGUACUUCAAGAAUUAUUUUUCAGUACCAUGCUUGUUAAAAAGAAGCUAUAUUUUUAAGCAAAAAAGAAAUUUUUUUUUUUGCAUUCCAAAAUAUAACCAAAAUAUAGAAGAAAAAAAUGUAUAUACAUUAAGUUUAUAUAAGAAAGUGAAAAUAAAAACGAAAUUUCUAAAUAAUAUUUCAUUUAUAUUGGGAAGAGAAUUGAGAAAAAGAAAAUUUCUGAUAAUUUUAGCCUUUUCUUUAUUGGCAAUAUCAGUUGAUGUUAAAUAUGCAACAUGUGAUGAAUCAGCAUUUACAAAAAAAAAUGUAAAUGAUUUUACCAGUAGUAAUGAUGAGGAUAUAAAUAAGUUGGAAUUAAAAUUUGAAGAACUUGAUCAAGUGGAUGCCUUUUAUUUUUUAAAACAUAAAGAAAAAAUGUAUAUGAUUCAAUAUGCAGCUAAUACUCCAAUAGAAGAUAGAUGCUUUAUAUAUAAUAUAAAUAUUAAUUCAAAAGAUUUAGAAAAAAGAAAAACUGCUCUCAAAAAAGGAAAUGAACUUGAUGAAAAAUUUGUUGAUUCAUUUGAAACUAGUUUAAUAAUUGAAAAAAAUGAAACGGAUUUGGAACAAAAAAUUGAAACUUGCGAUAACGAAAUGCUAAACAAAAAUGUAGAAAAUGAAAAGAAAGAUGAAGGAACUCCCUACAAUAAAAAUAAAAAUGAUUUAAUAAAUGAUAUAUUUGAAAAUAAUUCAAAAUCUAUUAAAAUGAGCAAUUAUUUAAAUAAUGAUUUUUUAUUUGCUGGUGUUAUUGAUGGCCAUGGUGGAGGUGCAAUUGCAGAAAUAGCAAAAAGAUCAUUAGGAUAUUAUGUAAAAAAGCAAUUAAUAGAAAAAAUAAAAAAGGGAAAAAAAGAAAAUCUAGAUGAAAAUGACAUUAUAUCAAGUUUAGAGGAAGCAUAUUUAAAUUUAGAUAGUGAUAUUUUAAAGAAUGUAAAAGAAUUUUUUGUUAAGGGUUAUAUAAAAUAUUCAAGAAUAGGUGCUUGUUGUUUAAGUGUGCUAAUAGAUAAGAACAAUUAUUAUAUAAGUAAUGUAGGUGAUUCCAAAGGGUUAUUAGUUAGAAAAGAUGAUUAUAUUCCUUUAAAUAAUAUUCACAAUGCUAAUCAAGUAAGUGAAAGAAAAAAGUUACUUGAAGAUCAUCCAAAUGAAAAUGAUAUAGUAUUAUGUAAAAAAAUAAAGAAGAAAGAAGAAGAAAAUUUUCAAAUGUUAAGCAUAUCAGAUAAAAUUAAUAAACUUUUAUUAGAUAAUUAUGAUUACUGUUAUGUUAAAGGAAGAUUACAACCAACCAGAAAUUUAGGUGAUUUCUAUUUAAAACAUAAAUAUUUUGCUUAUGAUUACAUUCACAAGAGAUUCAUUGUUAAUAAGCCUCAUUCUUUUCCAUAUAUUACUGCAAAGCCGGAAAUACAAAAAAUAAAGAAAAGUGAUUCUGAUGAAUUUAUUAUUUUGAUGACGGAUGGAGUUGGAGAUUUUUUAAAAGAAAAAGAAAUAGUUAAUAUAGUUAGACAAAAUAAAACAUCUCUUGAAAAAGCUUCAAAAGCAAUUGUUCAAAAUGUUUUAAAAAGAGCAGCAAAUGCUGCUAAUUUAUCAAUGGAACAAUUUUUAAAUAUUCUUCCGAAAUAUAAAAGAAGACUUUAUGAUGAUAUGUCUAUAGUUAUUAUUAAAUUAAACGAAGAUUAG